UGACUUCAGUAUUUUAAUUUUCAAACCUGUCUGGUUUUUCCAAACUUACUGAUAAGAAAUAGAAAUCUAUUAUAUAUAUAUGACUAAGUUAGAAAAUACUCAUACUUAUUACUAGUAAUCAUUUAUUAACGCAAAAAUAUUUUCCCGCUCUAACAAUUAAUUUUUCUCAGUUUUAAAAUUUAACUGUUAAAAGUGUAAAUCAGGACAGGUGAAAUAACAUCUUGCAUUUUUCUUAAAAAUUGUUAUAGGAAGAAUGAACAAUACUGAUAAGAGUGUAUUUCUUGCUCCUUGUCCAGUUGGUGAAGCAUCACCAAAAGAAUCUGGAAGAGAAGAAGAAAAUGAAGAAGUAGUAGGAGAAAAUAUUUCAGAUGCUUGCAAAGCCAUAAAAGAACAAUCUUUAAACAUGUUAAUAAAGUGGAGUCAAACUUUUAGCGAAAGUGAAAGUUUUGAUAAUUAUUAUGAAACGCGUGUUGACGAUCUCAUAAAAGCAGCAAAUAUACUGGAGCAAGCAUUAAUUGAACAAAAGACAAUGCUGAAAGAACGUCUAAAGAGGUUAUCAAAGGUGCUUGUAAACGACAACGAACUUUGAUCGAAGCGUUGUGUGAUGGUUUUAUGUGGUUGUUUCUUUAAAUUGCACUCUAUUUUGUAUUUCAGUCUAUAUCUGAAUACUUAGUUUGAAAAAAGUU